AUGGGUGUAGAGAGUCCUGUAUUGGAUACCGAAGUUCAGAUGUCUACAGAGAGUCUCCCAAAGAGAGAAAGUACUGUACAACUUAAUGAGAAUGAAAAAUUGUUAGAGUUUAUUAAUUCACCUCAAUUUAGUUUAUAUGAUUGUAUUGAAUUGAUAUGUACUUAUUCAAAUAAUGUGGGGAUUCAUUAUUAUUUAUGUCAAAAGUUAUUAUCAUUCCCUCAUUCAGAAUUACAAUUUUAUAUUCCACAAUUAGUUCAAGUAUUAUUAACUAUUGAAACAGAAUCUAUGGCUUUAGAAGAUUUAAUAUUAAAAUUAAAGAAUGAAAAUCCACAUUUUGCAUUGUUGACAUUCUGGCAAUUACAAGCUCUUUUAGCUGACUUAUCCUUAGAUCCAGAAUCUUAUGGAUUUCAAGUCGCAAGAAGAGUAUUAAAUGAAUUACAAAGUAGUUUAUUUAAUAUUAAUUCUCUAGAGGAUGAAAAGAAAGUACAGAAGAUUCAUGAAAAUGUUGCACCUGCAUUAGUGUUAGCAUCGAUGAUGAUGUCAUGUAUGGCUUUACCUGAAAUGGCAUCUAUGGCAAAACCAAUGGUUGAAUCUCAAGGUAGACGACAAAAGGCAUAUGUCUUUAAGUUAGCUAAGAGUGCAAUGAGAGAUUUUACUAAAAAUAUUACAUUGAAGAAUACAAAACUUAAUAAACAGACUUUUUAUAGAUCAUCUUCCAAAGGAAAGAAAAAAGACGUUAAUGCUAUAUCCUUACCAGACACUCCAGUAGAUAUUGUUGAUGCAGUUACUACGAAAGAAGAUACUAAUUUCAGAAAACCAAGAAAGAAGGAUGAAGAAAAAGAACAUUCUUUGAAUUUUGAUAUUAUUGAUGAUGUAGGAGAACAAAUGUUCUCAGAAAAGAUUUCAGGAUCAAUUAAAUUACCAAAGAGGAAAACUAAAUUUAUUGAUAAUUCAUAUGUUCAUAAAGUUUAUGAAAACAAAUAUGUUAGUGAUAAUGAACGUCACGAACUUACACUUACAGAUAAUACUGUUAUCAUGGACAAUGCUGUCAUUAGUAAAGAAGAAGAUUUAGUUAAUAGCCCUAAAUCUUACAAGAAGAAAACAGGAAUUGAAAUAUUGAAAGCAAAAGAUCAAUAUACUAGUUCAAUGCCAAAUUUACACAAGGUUGAUCCUGUAAGGUCAUCUGCAACAUAUGGAUCCCCAGAACGGAAACCACCAAAGUUUAUACGUUCCAAUUCUCAACCACCGACGGAAAAUACACUAGCGAGAAGAGGAACAAUAACACGUAAUUCUAGUCAACCAGAGAUAGAUAUAAAUAGAAUUCCAAUAUCUAAGAGAAUUAAAAUUCUAAAGGCCAAUUAUUUCCGUUGUGCUACUCAGUUUGCAAUUGCUUUGGAAUCUAUUUCCCAACGUCUUGCUCAAGUACCAACUGAGGCACGGUUGAGUGCAUUAAGAGCGGAAUUAUCAUUAAUUAAUAGGGAUUUGCCUGCAGAAGUUGAUAUUCCGACAUUAUUACCCGCAAAUAAAAAGGGUAGGCUUCAUAAAUUAGUAACCAUUACGGCUAGUGAAGCCCAAGUAUUAAAUUCUGCCGAGAAAGUUCCAUACUUAUUAUUAAUCGAGUAUUUGAGAGAUGAAUUUGAUUUUGACCCUACUACAGAUGAAAAUAUAACCGUUUUGAAAAAAUCUAAUUGUUCCAAAAGUACACCUCUUUUCGAUCUAAACUAUUUAAGUAAGAAAAGAGAUAGAGAAACUGGAAUGUUUUCCUUAAAUGAUUCAACGGAUGUCCUUGUCGAUGAUGAAAUAUUAUCUGAUGGUGCCAGUAGAUCUAGCACUAAUCCACUACAACAUACGUCUAGUCUUCCAGAAGUUCAACAUCGUGAAAUGGAUCUUGGGGACUUGUCAAUGGUUCGUGUAAAGAAUCAAACAGAUGCAGAAGCUUAUAGAAGUUCUAUUGUUCUUAAGGCAGCCUCGAAGGUACCAGUAUUACCGGAUGAUACUCAGGACAGAAGUCCAGAUCUUGCUUUUGCCCAAAAUAUGGAUGAAGUGAUAGAUAAGAGAAGCGCUGAUUCUAAGGAAUUUCAUCGUGAAACAGAUGAUCUUGCUGAUCAAAUGAGAAUAUCAGCCCUAAUGUUGGCUCAAUUAGAUAGUUCUCCUCAACAGUUAUCAGACUCUACAAAUCAAAUACGUGCUCAGAUUAUUGCUUCAAUGAAGGAAGUUCAAGAUAAAUUUGGUUAUCGUGAUUUAGAAGCAAUGCAUGGUGAUGCAGGUGAACGUAAAUUGGAGAACGAUUUGAAGACAGGUGGUAUCGACACUUCUUAUUUGGGUGAAGAUUGGAACACAAGAAAGGAGAGAAUUAGAAAGACAUCCGAAUACGGUCAUUUGGAAAAUUGGGAUCUUUGCUCUGUUAUUGCUAAAUCGGGUGAUGAUUUGAGACAAGAAGCUUUUGCCUGUCAAAUUAUUCAAGCUAUGGCACAAAUAUGGAAUAAAGAGAAAAGUGACAUUUGGGUCAAAAAAAUGAGGAUUUUAAUUACAAGUGCUACAACAGGUCUUGUUGAAACAAUUACUAAUGCCGUUUCUGUUCAUAGUAUCAAGAAAUCCUUAACCAAGAAAAUGAUUGAAGAUGGUGAAUUAGAUGAGCGUGGCGGAAUUGCAAGUAUAAGAGAUCAUUUUAUUCGUGCAUUUGGUGAUCCAAAUGGUUUCAAAUUUAGAAGAGCUCAGGAUAAUUUUGCAUGUUCAUUAGCAGCAUAUUCUUUAAUUUGCUAUAUCCUUAGAGUUAAAGAUAGACAUAAUGGUAAUAUUAUGAUCGACAAUGAGGGUCAUGUAAUCCAUAUUGAUUUUGGGUUUAUGUUAUCCAAUUCACCGGGUUCAGUCGGUUUUGAAGCCGCUCCAUUUAAAUUUACCUACGAGUAUGUUGAUGUUCUUGGAGGCCUACAAGGUGAUGCAUACAAAAAAUAUGUUAGAUUGAUGCAAGAAGGUUUCAGAGCAUUAAGGAAACAGGCUAACCAGAUCGUAUCUAUGUGUGAAAUUAUGCAAAAGGAUAACAUGCAACCGUGUUUUGAAGCAGGCGAUCAAACUAGUGUUCAGUUGAGACAACGUUUCCAUCUAGAUGUUAAUGAUGAAGAAGUCGACAGUUUUGUUGAGAAUUUCUUAAUCGGUAAGUCAUUGGGUAGUGUUUACACAAGAUUAUAUGACCAAUUCCAACUGAUAACCCAGGGUAUUUACAGUUAA